UGUGAGGAGGGAGUCUGAUGCAGCUGACCCCCCACCCCAUGCAAAAAAACUGGGGAAAGGAAGAUCUUACUGGUAUCCUUUCCUAGGAGGGGGAUCUUAGCAAGACAUCAACAAAACUCAACAAAACUAGGCACAGGAUGCUGCCAAGGUGGUGCUACCUGGCAGGGAAGGCGUUAGCAAGGAGCAAUCGUGGCUUGCCGAAGGGGAGAAGUCCCCACCAAGUGGGCUUGUUCGUGAGCAGCGCAAACCUGGGUCCUGCAGAAAAGGAACCAAAGGCAAAUAAGGAGUGGACCCUGAAGGUCGGUCCUUUCGGUCUGCUGAAGGCGCGUCUCCCUUGCCACAUCACAGUGGGACCCCUGGACCCCCAUGAAUACCCCGAUUCUGACAAGGUCUUUGUGGCCCUUAAGGGGAGGGAUUCCAACCCCGAGCCUGCCUCGGAUCUGCUCCUGAAUUAUGACGAGGCCCGGAAAGAGGUGAUGAUAUUAUCCGACGGCAUGGAUGGCGCAGCUUCCCUGGAUGUGAGGACUCCUGUAAAAUUUG